AUGCAGGAAGCUUACAUGUUAGCAUCCACGUCUGCGGAGAAAGCGGAGUCUAAGGGAAGGAAGCAGAGCGAUAAACGCGUAAGGUCGACUGUCAUCUUACCUGGUGACCGAGUGCUUGUUCGGAACCUAUCACCACGCGGAGGUCCAAGCAAAAUACGAGCGUUCUGAGAAGAGGAGAUUCACGCAGUGAUAUCGAGGAACAAUCCCGAGAGUCCUGUUUAUGAUAUCAAACCCGAAUCCGGAAAGGGAAAGACACGCACGUUGCACAGAAAUUUACUGUUGUUACCUUGUGAUUAUUUACCGACAGCAACGCCAGAGACGAAGCGGGUAGAGAAAGUGAAAGAACAGACCCCGAUUAUACACACCCCAGAGGAUUCAGAAUCCGAUUCGGAGUGGGAGGAGGGACUGUCGCUGCCUCCAAACGAAAUGGACGAACUUGUACAAUUAAGCUUACGACCAGAGUCGGUAAACGACGCGACAGUGGACUCAAGUACCAAUGGCGAUAUUAACCAGAGUAGGGAAGUACAUGGUAAUGAAAAUGAGGCGAACAGGCUGAACAUACAAGUAGAAGGAACGAUGGAAACGCCAGGUGAUGUCGAAGAAACACCGCCGCAACCGGUUCGUCCACAAAGGCAAAGACAGCCACCGGUACGUUUUGGAUACAAUGCACCUGGUUGUCCUACGUGA